UUGUUGGUGCUAAUAGCUCUGUGUGUUAGCCUGGCAUCCCCUGGCAUAGAUCCAAAUGCAUUAUAUACACACGUGCCACUCACACCAAUGCAUGAGCUCUAGAGAAUCACAUGAUACAGUAUGCACUUUCUAUGCUUCAUCCACUGUAGGUUGUGUGACACUAUAUUAAACUCGUGCUAAUGCAUGAGCUCUAUAUAGACAAUCACGUCAUGAUAGUGUCUAUGCUUCAA